UUUAAGUAGAUAUUUUUUAAAUCAAAUUUUUAUAAUUCAAAGAUUUGUAUAUAUGGGUAGUUUUAGUUUCUUUUGUUUUUUAAGUAAAAUUAAUUUCAUACUGUUUGGAUAAUAUCAUUUUCCCCAUUUUCUUACUGAGAUAAAAGUUUGAUAUCAUUAACCAGCAGUAUUUGAUAAUUAAACUGCUAUGAAACAUUAUUUUCUCAAGUAUAACACAAAUACUAUAGUUUUGAUACAUAUAAAUAAUGUGAUUUAUAUCCAUAAUUGUUAACACAUUCAGUAAUAUAACUGUAAAAGAGAGUUUGUCGAAAAUGUAACGAAAAAGAGAAGUAAAUAUUAAAAGUGUCCUUAUAUCUCAGUUUCUACAACAACAACAACAACAACAACAACAAAAUCAUUUAUAAGUCUAUCAGCUACUUUCUUAAGCUUUUAUCUUUCAAACUGAAAUAUGUAAUGUUUACAUAACAACGAUAACUUAACUUACUUACUUAUUUACUUAUUUGUCUAUGUUAAUAGAACUUGUAAUACCAUUUGAAAAACUGAAUUUAAUUCACUUUUACAAGUUAUUUCAGUUCAGUAUGUAUGAUUGUAUGUCAUUCCAUAUGUAUACGUAACAAACAAUCGUAGGAGAUAUAUAUAUAUAUUGUUUAAGUAGUCGAAUAAUAUCACUCCAGAAUUACAUCUAAUAUUCAUUCAUUUGUACUCGUAAUUGCAAUAUACUCGUAAAUGCAUAAAACUGCUGAUAUAUACAGAAUAUUCAAUAAUUCAAGAUAUUAAAUAACGGUUAAUAUAGGAGUAUAUAAUAAGAAUGAUGAAUAAGAUGACUUAUUCUUGCGUGCUAUUACUUUAGCCACUAACGAUCGUGCGUGGUUGGAUCGGAUCGUUAUCGUUAUAUCGUUAUAUCGUUAUUUUAGAGAACGUAGAACAUAGAGAACAUAUUUUAUUAUUUAUAUGGUUAGGCAUGGUUAAUUUGUAUAACAUAUUUUGUAUAAUUUAUAAUUUAUGUAAUAGAUUAGAAUAAUGAUACAUACAAAAUCUAGUAUAACCAUGUACUUAUGUUUCUUAUACAUAUGUUUAGUUCUUUUAUUCUAAUUAAUGUCUAUUAUAAAUGUAUAAACAUGAAUGUAUAAGAAAGUUUGUUCUUUUAUUAGAGAUGCAAUGUACGUAGUACCAUUAGACAAUUAGAUAAGAAAUCUUAAUUACUCGUAUAUCUUGAUGAUAGGAAAAUAAUUGUAUCGUACUUGAAAAAAAAACUCAAUUGUAGAUAUUCCGAAUUAAGUUGUGAUCAUUUCGCUAGUACUAGUUGUUAGUACUUAAAACAUGCUUUUUGUAAUUUUAAUCGUCGCAUAGUCGUCUAGUCCUUUGAAUGACUUUUUAUAAAAUGAAAUAUAGUCUUGCUUGCUAAAUAAUCUGCAUUAUAUCAUAGAUAUAACCAGACAUUUAUAAGUUUUUGUUCAUUAAUGUUUUAAUUUAGUCAAGCAAUUGAACAAUAAUAAUCCCAAAAAAGGUCUAUUUGAUAGACUCGUUUGGCGCUAAAGAUGAUUCAAAAUUUGGCGGGAUUAAUGAGAGGUGUUACGUCAGAAAAAGGCGCUGCAGUCGAUUGGAAAAACUAAUCUCGAAGUAGCCAAUCAACGAACAGCGCAAGGCUGCGCAAAAUUAAUGCGCAAAGGCAAAGAGAAUCGCGAUCUCGCCGACUGUCAGUCAGUAAUGAGUAACGAAUGCUCUGUCAAAAUAUUUUUGAGCAUCGCGGUAUUUUUCGCGAGCGAACCUAUCAACGUAGAAUAGAAUAGACAUACAAGUGCGUAAUUUGUAAUCUUUAUUUCUUGGCUUAAGACUUGUUACACGCGAUAAGUAUGAUCAAAAGCGAGCGCUUUGACAUUAGAAAAGCCGCGUAAUACGAGCGCAUAUAUCGCUAUAAGAAGAAUACACAGUAUCCUAUUCUAUAAUAAAUUUCACCUUCCUUCUUAGAGCAUUCAGAAAACAGUGAGGGGAAACAGUGAGGGAAACAGUGAGGGGGAAAAAGCGAUUGUUUGCAUUGUUUGCAUUUUUUGCUAAUUAUAUUAGGCGAGAUCUAGAGAAAGACAGAAAGGAAACUAUCAUCGGGGAAAAAUGGCGGAUCUAGAGGCGGUACUGGCAGACGUCAGCUAUCUGAUGGCUAUGGAAAAGAGCAAGUGUACACCGGCUGCCCGCGCUAGCAAGAAGAUCGUUCUGCCCGAUCCUAGCGUCAGAAGUGUAAUGCACAAAUAUCUCGAGAAGAAGAGUGAAGUGAAUUUCGACAAAAUAUUCAAUCAAAUGUUAGGUUAUCUUUUAUUCAAAGACUUCUGCGACAAUGUGGCGGAGGAACCAAUUCCACAACUCAGGUUUUACGAAGAGAUUAAAGGUUAUGAAAAACUCGAAUGUCCAGAAGAAAGGAGAAAAACUGCCAGAGAAAUCUAUGAUAAUUUUAUCAUGAAAGAAUUGCUUGCGCACGCGCACGAAUACUCAACGGAUGCUGUUGCUCACGUACACAAGUAUCUUAUGAAAAAUGAGGUUCCCAUUAAUCUGUUUGAGCCUUACAUAGAAGAAAUUUUUAAUCAUUUACGUGGUGAACCAUUUAAAAAGUUCUUGGAAAGUGAUAAAUACACUCGUUUUUGUCAGUGGAAAAAUCUGGAAUUAAACAUUCAGCUGACAAUGAACGAUUUCAGCGUACAUCGAAUUAUAGGAAGAGGCGGAUUUGGUGAAGUUUAUGGUUGUCGAAAAGCAGAUACUGGAAAAAUGUAUGCUAUGAAGUGCCUCGAUAAAAAGCGUAUUAAAAUGAAACAGGGUGAAACAUUGGCACUUAACGAAAGGAUAAUGCUCUCUCUAGUCAGUACUGGGGUGGAUUGCCCAUUUAUAGUAUGUAUGACAUACGCAUUUCACACACCAGAUAAAUUGUGUUUUAUAUUGGAUUUAAUGAAUGGCGGUGAUUUACAUUAUCAUUUAAGUCAACAUGGUGUAUUUAACGAGCUGGAAAUGAAAUUCUAUGCAGCCGAAGUAAUUCUCGGUUUAGAGCACAUGCACCGCAGAUAUAUAGUAUAUCGCGAUUUAAAGCCAGCUAAUAUUCUCUUAGACGAACACGGACAUGUAAGAAUAUCAGAUUUAGGAUUAGCAUGUGACUUUUCGAAAAAGAAACCUCACGCAAGCGUAGGUACACAUGGAUAUAUGGCACCGGAAGUCCUUUCGAAAGGAACACCCUAUGAUUCCAGUGCGGACUGGUUUUCCUUUGGAUGUAUGCUUUAUAAACUUUUGAAAGGACAUAGUCCUUUCAGACAACAUAAAACUAAGGACAAACAUGAGAUCGAUCGAAUGACUCUCACUAUGAAUGUUGAAUUACCUGAAACAUUCUCAAGAGAACUGCGAUCGCUUUUAGAAGGUUUACUACAAAGGGACAUCAACAACAGACUUGGAUGUCGUGGAGGAGGAGCAGAUGAAUUAAAGGCGCAUCCAUUUUUCAACGGGAUAGAUUGGCAACAGGUUUACUUGCAAAAAUAUACACCACCUUUAAUACCACCCCGUGGGGAAGUGAAUGCUGCUGAUGCUUUCGACAUUGGUUCCUUCGACGAGGAAGACACUAAAGGCAUUAAAUUAACAGAUGCUGAUCAAGAUCUAUAUAAAAAUUUUCCUCUUGUUAUUUCUGAAAGAUGGCAAGCUGAAGUAGCCGAAACAGUUUUCGAGACGAUUAAUAAUGAAGCAGAUAAGGUGGAAAACAAGAAGAAAUCGAAACAAAAGCUACGAUUUGAUAUCGAUGAUGAAAAAGGCUCUGAUUGUAUUUUACAUGGAUACAUCAAAAAGUUGGGAGGUCCUUUUGCUAGCGCUUGGCAAACGCGCUAUGCCAAGUUAUAUCCGAAUCGAUUAGAGCUGCAUCCAGAAUCUGCUACGAAACCUGAACUCGUCUUCUUAGAUCAGAUAGAAGAAGUGGGAGCUGACCUACAGCAUGUCAAAGGAGAACAAUGUAUCGUUGUUCGUACAAAGGAUGCCAAAAUUGUACUUACAAAUCCUGACGAGAUAAGUUUAAAAGAGUGGGCACUGUCGUUAAGAUCGGCACACAAAUGUUCGAUGGAGAUGCUUGGUAAUAUGGCAAGAAAAGCCGGCAAGAUUUAUGGGACUGAACGUGACGCCGUGAUUCCGGCAAUGCAGCGAUCAACGAAUGGCAACUAGCCCAUUAUUACUAUGUGUGCAUCGACAUACUCCAGUCCCACUGCCCCGCAGCAACAGCAGCAGCGACUUUUUUUAUACUAAGAGUAAGAGAUAAUGACAAAGAAGAAUAACAUAAGGAAAAAGAAAACAAAAAAACAGGAGAAACUAGAACGGGCACGACGUUACCUUAGAAGAGCUCGUUGUUGGAUUUUCUGAAAUUUCAAAAUGAGACAUCUUUCCCAUCUCACUUUCCAAUCCCUAGCCCUAUUAGCCCCCCCCCCCCCAACUAAUGCCCCCAACUUAUGCCCUCAUCUCAAUUCCGAUAUACCGUAUAUAUAUAUAUACGGACGAUAUAAAUCGCGUUCGCGUUCGCGUUCCAAAAAAAGAAGUUCCCUUGUAUGGCGGUUAGCAUCGCACUGUAUAGAGACUCUAGAAAGUAGUGUCGUUUAAUAACAUACAAGGGCUGAGAGUGAGUCCAUACCUAGACUUGGGCGUUCUAGUUUAUUUGUUCGGAUGUAUAGUGCACGUCAUUAUAUUUGUACGUUAGCUCUCUAUGUGCAACGUGACGUAGCAAACUAGCGACCGAAAUCAUCGACACGCGCAAUAGCAUACGAAGAUUGGUGAUAUGAUUAUGAUAAUGAUGAUGAUGAUGAUGAGGGGAGGAGAGACGUAUAGAAAAAGUUCACGCGAUAAGGAAAACAAUCACGAAAUGAACUUGAUAAUAUGUUGUAUCAUUAUUACACCACGAAAAUCGUAUUCUAAUUACUCCUCCGCGUUGUAUUGUUCAUUUACUUAAUUUAUUUACACAAUGCAGGACGGUUUUGUAUUAUCUCUAAGGAUAACAAAAAACAAAAAACAAAAAAA